AUGCACAACUACAACGUGGAUCACAAAUACAAGUUCUAGACGCGCAUUGGUAAUUGGUUUGAAGAGUGGGAGUUAGAUGAGACCAAGAAAAAAGACUAUUUGAAAAAUAGAUAAAAUGGGUAACUGGCAAGCAUUGUCAAGGAUUAAAAAACUAAUUUCAGUCUUAGAUUGGCAUCACUUACCUUUCCAAAAGACGAAUACAUCCAUUUCGGAUUCCAUAUAAUGCUUCAAAACCUUAAAACAUUAGGCUUCUUAUCCAUUGACAUUUAAGAAAAAUUAAAAAUAACUGAGGAAGCAUACAAUGUUACCACUGCACCAACAACAUAACCAACAGUAAGAUCUGUAUUUGUAGUUGUACCUUAUACCAAAGAACCCAAUUUUUUUGGUGAUGAUGUUUUACAUUACGGAUAACAUUUUAGACUUCUUGCAAAUCCAAGGAUUUCAAAUAAUAAAGCUUUCUUUCUGCAUUCACUUCCAUAGACACCAACUAGAUGUGCUAAGAUAUCUAGAAAAUAAGAAGUUUGUGCCAUAGAGAGUGAUGUUUUUAAUACUGUAUGGAAAUUAGAACAUUCAGAUCCGAAAAUUAGAUUUGAAAUGGAAGGACAACCUAUAAGAAUAGAUGAUGUCAUUCUUGUUAAACACUCAUUUACAUAACAUUGGUUAGCAAGUGAUGAUAUUGUAUACUAAAACGAUUUUGGUAGAGAACGAGAAGUUUUUGUGCAUUCUUACUAAUGUUUGAACAAAACAUAAAAUUUAAUAGCUGAAAAGGAGGGCAGAACGACAAUUGAUAUUCCAUUGAGAAAUUAAGAACCUUAGAAUUUAUGGAAAUUUGCUGUAGCAAAUAAAUAAAGUGAAUAAUUUGAUGAGUCAGUCAUGGAUGACAAUAGAAAUGUUAAAAAUCUAAUGAUCAGAGUUAAGUAACAAAUUACUGGCAAAGGUUCUUACGGAUUGCGAGGAUUGGCUAAGGUCUUUUUAGAAAUGGAUCAAAAUAACAAUGGAGUUGUUGAGUAUGAUGAUUUUAAAUGGGGACUUAGGAAUUUUGGACUCAAUCUCUCUGAAGAUGAAACUAAAAUGAUCUUUCAAACUUUUGAUAAAAAAAGCAAUGGAAAAAUUGAAUUUAAUGAAUUCUUGGAUGCUUUUAGAUUACAAAUGAGUGAUAGAAGACUGUAUUUUGUUUAAAGAGCCUAUGCAUCUAUUGAAUAAAGAGCAGGCAAAGUUACUUUGGAUACGAUGGGCAGAACUAUCAAUGUUAAAGAACACCCUGAUGUACUCAAGGGGUACAAAACAGAAAGACAAGUGUUUUAAGAAUUUGUAUCACAUUGGAAUAAGGGGUAACCAGAUAAAGUCAUUUCAUUUUAAGAAUUUGGUGAAUUUUAUUAAGAUGUAUCAUCGGCUAUAUAAUAAGAUGAGACUUUUGAAGCUAUUUUAAAAAAAUCAUGGAAUUUAUGA